AUGUGGCCCUCGGCCCACGACAUCAAGAAAUCUACGUUAGCCUCCGGCAGCACCCAGCUACUGGGCAGCGGGGGAACGCCGAAGGAGGCGGUGGUGGACGGCGUUCUCGCCAUGAUCCUCGACCUUCUUCUUCAAGCUUCAGGAACCGCCUGUGUCUACAUCGCGGCCUACGUUAGCCUCCAGGACAUGUACCAACUCUCGGCCGCCAGUGCGGCGCUGCCUCAGUACACGGCCUACUCCGUGGCCCUGGCCUAUGUGGUGAAGCUCGUGGGUCCCGUGUUGGUAGGGCGGCAGGCCUAUGUGCAGUUUGCCUACCUUAUGAAGGUCAUGGUAGCUCUCAGCGUUGUCCUCGGAGCAAUCUCAGCGAUCUUCAUCCUUCCCAACCUUGCCGAGCUUGCGGGCUACUACUCGCAGCAGGCCUGUGAGUUCGCGAACACACGGGAGUGCCUGGGCAUCUACGCCGGCCUCUUUUCCUCGGGCCUGGGGAAGUACGACACCACGAUCUUCGACACUUUCCGGGCCUUUGGUUUCACGGUGUUCGCGACUUGCAUCUUCAGCGUGGCAAAGGCGGGGCUCUACGCAUGCCAGGACUUCCGGUUCAUGGCGAAGGCUUCUACGCUGGUUUUCCUGGUGAUCUUCCUUCCUGUGCUGCUGGUGGCAAGGUUCUUCUUUGUUAGCGCGACGGCGCUGUACGUGGCUUCAGUGCUGCCCAGCUGGAUACUGACUGUCGUGUUCCUCUGGCGCCUUCAAAGGAAUUGCCAGAAGAUGAUACAGCGGUCGAGCCUGCCCGGGAGCCAUGAGGUGAGCAUGGGCCAGAUUUGA